CUAUCAACCUUGGCGCACAAGCACAACAACAAAUUAGUUGACAAACGGAAGAAAAUACACAACUCGCUUUGUUUGGUGAAAUAUUUUCGUGCACUAAUUAUGAUAAGAAAUGAGUAGACCCGUAAAAAGAGAAGUAUCCGCCGAGGAAAAUUGUUUACAGAGCGCUGCUAAAGUAGACGAUGAUUUGCUUGAAGCUCGCUAUGAAUGUCCCAUCUGCAGCUGCUGGCUGAACGAGCCCAUCCUCACCAAGUGUGGCCAUCGGUUCUGUCGGAAAUGCAUCACAGAUUGGUUGAACGGGAAAAACUCCAUUUGUCCGUUGGACAACGAACCGCUUGAUAUCAAGUGUGACAUUUUUCCGGACAACUGCACGCGCCGCGAAAUAUCGCAAAUCAAAAAACCGUGCCCAAACUCAAUACGGGGCUGUGUCGAUCAGUUUUCUCCCACCGAAAUCGAUAGCCAUCUGCGCCAGUGCCCGUUCGCCAUGUCCCGUCAAAGCCAACCGUGCCCUUUCGCACGGAUCAAGUGUAAGUUUAUUGCCUCGGACGAGGACGCACUAAACGCGCACAUUGCUUCGGACUGUCAGCAACAUUUACAGCUACUUUUGGAAACGUACACGGGAAGCAAUGACCGGUACAAAUUUUGGGAUCCACCGGCCAAGAACAGUGUGCCCGAGAUGAGCACCAACGAGCUGGUCCGCUCGAUGUACGAACGUAUCGUAAUACUUGAACAGGAAGUACACAUUCUGGGCAUCAAACUGUCCAAGCAGGAGCUGCAGCUAACCAAGAUUAACCAGGAGGUUGAUCCACGGUACAGUGGUGGCGUGUUGCUCUGGAAGUUGGAAGAUUUUUCGAACAAAAUCGACUCGAUGGUAGCGAACAGCAACUGCAUGUUUUAUAGCGGGCAAGCGUACACCUCACCGCAUGGGUAUAAAUUUUGCGCCCGCAUCAAUGUGUCACCGCGGACCAAGGACUCGAUCGGGCUGCACGUGCACUUGAUGCAGUCGGAGAACGAUUACCAUCUCGAGUGGCCGUUCAAGGGGCGCAUAAAAAUAACGCUGCUGAACGUUCGCUCGCCGGAGCUGUCCCAGCAUGAUACGAUCAUGUCGAAACCGGAAAUACUGGCAUUCCACCGCCCGCACCAGGACAUCAGUCCGCGCGGGUUUGGGUUUUUGGAGUUUGCUAAAAUUAAAGAAAUUUUGGCCAAGUUUGCCGACAAUAAUACGGUGGUGCUGAAGAUACAGAUGAACAUUGUGUAAAGAGUUUUAUGACACAGCAAACACGCACACCCAAACAUUCCACCAUAAACAGUGGAGUAGAAGGUCCAGCAUUGACCUUCUUCCCUCUAUAUGUAUCUCUCUCUCUCUAUCUCUCGUCGCUUACAAGUAUUACAAGGUAAUGGAUGCAUCUCAUUCCAAACCGUUGUGCAGACCAAAUCGUCCCAUUUUUGGCUAGCGGUGUACGUCAGUACAGCAGUACAUGUGUGUAUUAUUGUGCAUUGUCUUAGUACAUAGUUGCUUUACAUGUCCGGAAACGGUCUACACGCUACUGUAAACGAACCAGCUACUGUAGAUUUAGUUACUGCAAACAGUGCCGCCAUGUAACCGGUGGCCACCAAUCUCUUAGUACUUAAUGGCCGUGCCAAAAUGUGUAAUGUGUGGUAUUAUUGACCUGCUGGCCCUGAAUGCUUCUUCAACUAUAUGAAGAGGUGUUGGCUACAGUCCUCAAAAGUCUGUACUAUUUUACUCGAUGAUCACUUUUACGUACUUACCUGUAGACGUUUCGUUGCCGUUACCUUCGUUCUCCUUCGUUUUCGAAACACCACCACCAUCAUCCAUGGAAUGGAAUCAAUCCAAAAAACAAACACUAUCAGUAACACAAGAAGGAGGUAGUAAUAUGGUAAACAUGGUUCUAAAAGCUUUUUUGUUGAAGAAAACUAAAAAACAAAUGUUUAGAUGUUAAUAUACAACAAUACAGGAAUUUUAGAAAGUGAUACAAGGAAAAGGGUGCAAUGGUAAAAAUAAUAAACGUGUUUUCCAACCCAGUGUGUAACGAAACAAGAAAUACAAACAAACAAACAAAUCCAAAAA